CUCGACUAUUAUACAGACCCUAGCAGGUAUUAUAGGCGGUACUAUAAUUAUGCAGAUAUGUACGUACGUAUAUACCGUCUCUACAGAACUAUACAGUAAAAAGAAAUCAGCGAGGCUACACUGUAACAGAUUGUGAUGAGCGGGGACAGUGAUUGUGAAGCUUACACUGAAAUAGAUAUGGAUACAUCUGGAAAGCCCAUAAUUCCCUCGGUAUUGAAAAGAGCUCCAAUUCCAAUUCCUGAAGGCAGCCAUACACCUCCUGCAACACGUCCACCUUUUCGAAAAACAGGCUCUCUGUUUGAGAAAACAGGCCCAUUACCAUCAAUACCACAGCAACGUUCAGAUGGUCCACUGAAAGUACGUUCCCGUAGCAUCGCACUGGGUACGACAACUCCACCACCCCUCCCUCCCAAACCCCCACCUCAAUUGGACUGGGAUGAGCUCGUAGUGCCAAAGAAGCAAAAACGAAUUCCGAUCAGUGACUUCAUUAUUGACUCGGAAGAGCUUAAUCCAUCUAGUUUUGUCAACAAACACCAAGACAAAUUUCCUCUUAAAAUACGUGUUUGUAAAGGUUUUUACGGUCAUUCGGAUCGAACUUCUGUGUCAGAAGGAGACACCUUCAACAUUCACUUUGUCAAGCAUACUAAAGUGGUGCACAUGCUUGAUGGAGGUGGAGCUAUCUACAAAAUCCCUUUGAACUCAGCCCUCGAGUUUGGCAUUAUGUACGAUCCAAAUCAAAAAAGAGACCAAGCACUAAAUGGCUUUGUAUUCGAGAAAGUGUCGGAACUUCUGGCAGCCAAGAGUAUGCCAUGUGCAGUGAGAACUGGAGCAGCUUGGAGAGGAUCUGGUGCCAGCUCUACUAUUGAGAGUGGUGAAGUGCUUUUGAUCAAAGGAAUCAAGAAACGGCUGAACACCAAGACUCUCAAAGUGUAUAACCUUGCUACCGGGAAGAAAAAAGAGUUACCGGAGAGUUGUGUAGGUAAAUUCAGCACACGGCCGUAUGAUGUUCGCUUCUUCUUGUCAGAUAUUGUUGAGCACAUGCCCAAUGCAAUUCCUUGUCAGGCAAUGCUGUUUGUUCAUUCGGAUACUGCGUCAGAGUUACCGAAACACCUCGUAACAGCUGUAGUGUCUCUCACCGAGAGCAACAUUGAGACCUCGCUUAUCGCUACUAACACUGAAGUAGAUGACUUCACAGAUGCCCCUAUGUUUGAUAUACCCCUCGAUUUGGAUAUUGAGCUCCAAGUGCUUAAUUACAAGCGUCCAGAGGACACGGAGCAGCUGUAUUCUGACACACGCACACUCUUAGAGCACUAUAACCCAGGCAAGGUCACACAGUACAACGCCUCCAGCAACGUGUACAGUAUUGCGGUGAUGAGAGAGGACAAUGCAUUGUCAGGGAUUGACAUUGUAAAGCCUCCAGCAAUAUACUACAACAUUCACGAACAAAGGAAUGCUGCAAAUGGUAGCAUUAGUAGUCCAACUAAGUCAACGAUUGAAGCUAUUUACCAGAUGGAACCUUCUUUGGACUCCGUUUCUACUGAUGCAUCUGAUUCCAAAAUGGAUCAACGUUUAAGGACAAUUGAAGAAACUCUAAAGCAGUUGAAAACUGAAGAAAACAGUACUCAAGUUUCCCGUCAAAUCACGUCUGCCAGAGCUGACAUGAAAAGGCUUGAGUCACGAACUGGAAGAGCAUUGGAGGAUACUGUUGAACUAAAAAAGCACUUGUUGGAAAUCUCAACGAAAGUGCUCUCUAUGCAAGGCAUUCUGACUGGUCUUUGUGAACAAGUGAGGUCAUUAAGUGAUCAGAAGAAGGGACCCCUAGUCUACACCCCUAUAGGCUCAACCUCUAUUGGCAGUGAUGAGACCGUCACUGAACAGGCCCUGGGUGGGGGCAUUUAUGAUGUCAUACCUGCUGCACCACUUCAAAAACUGGCUACAGUAGAACAUCUAUCCCCCGUCAAAUCGGUGGGCAGGUCACCUAUGCAGUCGCAAGCCUCGAUACCUGAGAGUGUAUGUGAAGAAAAUCGUCAGUUUCUGAACUCGUUGGACUACAUGCAGGUACUAAAACUGCUGGAAUUAAUGGGUCUGAAAGCUUACCAAGAAGCAUUCAUGGCCGAGAGAGUAAAUGGGGAAGUACUGUUGGAGUGUGAUGAGGAUGUUCUAUUGAAUGAAUUAAAGGUAACAUCCAAAUUGAGAAGAGUUCGUUUACUAAAGGUAAUAUCUGGACGUCAUUCUGCUGAGCAGAUAUUGAAAGGAGAAGAUCCAUAUGUUUAUGCAAAUCCCCAUUGAAUGUGGAACAAAUGAACCCUUUUUGUACAAAUGAACAUGUAUAUACUGCUAUAAAUAAUUAUUAUGUUCCUACAUCAUAAUUAUAGUUUCAGACGUGUGCAGACACCUCUUAAUAUUGUAUUAUUUUGCAUACUAUAAAGUGAGAGUGCAA